ACGCUCCCUGCCGGCCGCCGUUCUCCGCAUCGCCGCGCAGGCGCCCCGCACGCGCCGGGAGCGGAGCCGCGGCCCCGCGAGCGGGAGAGUCCGGGACCGGCGGGCUGGAGCGUGGACAUGAGGAGUUGGAUUCGAAUGUGUCCUGGGUUUGCUGCAUUACAGCAGUUCCUGCUUCAGUUAGAUCAGAACCUUCCCUGCUAAUUCAUCAUGACAUAACCAACCAGCCACCUCCCACUGCACAGUUGGAUAAGCUUCUUGUUUUGCAUUGUUCCAAGCACAUGUGACUCAAGGCCUUCAUCAUCCACCUAGUCUGGUACAGCGCCCUGGGAUGCCAUCAGGUGCUCGAAUGCCCCAUCAGGGGGCUCCAAUGGGUCCCCCAGGCUCACCAUAUGUUGGAAGCCCCUCAGUGCGCCCUGGAAUGCCCCAAACAGUGAUGGAACCAACACGAAAACGCACAGCACCUCAGCAGGUACAGCAACAGCAGGUGCAACAGCAGGUGCAACAGCAGCAGCAAGCAACUCAGACCCGAACCCGGAGUGCCAAGAGGAGGAAGAUGGCUGACAAAAUUCUCCCUCAGAGGAUCCGGGAGUUGGUUCCUGAGUCCCAAGCCUACAUGGACCUGUUAGCCUUUGAACGCAAACUGGACCAGACCAUUAUGAGGAAGCGGGUGGACAUUCAGGAAGCCCUGAAGAGACCGAUGAAGCAAAAACGGAAACUGAGGCUUUACAUCUCCAACACCUUUAACCCUGCAAAAUCUGAUGCUGAUGACUCUGAUGGCAGCAUUGCAUCCUGGGAGCUGCGAGUGGAAGGGAAACUCCUGGAUGAUCUCAGCAAACAGAAGCGGAAAUUUUCCUCCUUCUUUAAAAGUUUGGUCAUUGAGCUGGACAAAGAUCUUUAUGGACCUGACAAUCAUUUGGUGGAGUGGCAUAGAACUCCCACUACCCAGGAGACUGAUGGCUUCCAGGUGAAGAGGCCUGGUGAUGUGAGUGUGCGAUGCACACUUCUCCUCAUGUUGGAUUACCAGCCUCCACAGUUUAAACUGGACCCACGACUGGCCCGUUUGUUGGGAAUACAUACACAGACCCGAUCAGCAAUUAUCCAGGCCCUCUGGCAGUACGUCAAAACAAACAAACUGCAAGACUCCCAUGAUAAGGAAUACAUCAACUGUGACAAAUACUUCCAGCAGAUCUUCGACUGUCCACGGCUAAAAUUUUCCGAAAUUCCUCAGAGACUCACUAAUCUGCUGCUGCCUCCAGACCCCAUAGUUAUAAACCACAUCAUCAGUGUUGACCCCAAUGACCAGAAAAAGACAGCGUGUUAUGAUAUUGAUGUGGAAGUUGAAGAUCCCUUGAAAGGACAAAUGAGUAGCUUUCUCCUCUCAACAGCCAACCAGCAGGAGAUCACAGCACUGGACAACAAGAUUCAUGAGACAAUCGAAUCUAUAAACCAGCUAAAGAUACAACGUGAUUUCAUGCUGAGUUUUUCCAAAGAUCCCAAAGGAUACAUUCAAGACCUUCUCCGAUCCCAGAGCAGGGAUCUCAAGGUGAUGACUGAUGUGGUUGGGAACCCUGAGGAGGAGCGUAGAGCUGAAUUUUAUCAUGAGCCCUGGUCCCAGGAGGCUGUGAGCAGAUAUUUCUACUGCAAGAUCCAACAGCGCCGGCAGGAACUGGAACAGUCUCUGGGAGUGCGUAACACAUAAACAUUAUUCACAACCUCCCAUUGGCAUUGUGAACCUAGAGCCAGUGGACGUCUCAGUGUUACUUAGCUCACUGUUACACAUGGACUUGCUUAAUGACUGGACAAGAAUGUGCCAUCAGCAACACCAGUCACAACACCAGCUUUAGCGUGACCCCUGAAAAUCCUGCUAAUGUGAGUGUCUCAAACCAUUCCAGGCCGGAGAGGGCACAAGACUUCUAUUCCCCAUUGAGGUGUCCAUAUUAAUAAGGAUUAAAUGUUCAUCCAUCUACUUGCAUCAUUGAGUUUUAGUAGAAAGUUCAGACACUACACAGCAAACUUAUUGGACUAUACCAUAUAUUCAUGGGUGGGGGGAUGCUAGAUGUUACAGGAGACUGUGGAUGUGGAGAAACAAAGGCGGUUCUCAUUCUUCAUGGUUUCAGCUGUGUUCUGAGAGUCUCCUAUGACAACUUUCUGCACUGAUAAUUUCCUGAAAUUGGACACAAUGUUCUCUCUUCCAGCUGUGGAAUCAUUCAGUUACCCAAACGCAGCUUCCAUUCCAACUGGAACUGGCCAAGGGGCUGCCCUCCCCCAUGGGAGAGAAAGAUUUCUGCCCAUUAAGUGACAAAACAUCUAAAAGGAAGAGGUACAGGCAGGCCAUUCAUUCUGCAAGACCUUAUCCCCUUGAGUGAAAGAUGGAGUGAAGUCUGUUUCACACAAGCCAAUAACUCAUCAUGAUGCUCAAAUUUGCCAUGCUAAGAGGAAAAUAACUCCCUCUAUGAUAAGAAAACUGCCAGUGACAUCAUUGGAGCCAGUAGUGGUGAGGUUGGAGCCAAAGGGAAGCAUUCUGGGAAAGUGGAAAUGAUCUAGUGGUGCUCUGUGUGUAUAACUGCUUUAGCUACAGUUACUAUUACUGGAAGGCUACAAUGUAAGGUAUCUGAUUUCAUUACUUUUGUGCUGUGCUGGCUGUAACAUUAGGAACAGUGCUCAAGAGACAUUUCCUCCUGAUCACUGAAGUGCUGCAGAAUCCAAGAUGUGCAACUUCAUAGCAUGUAAGAAAAUUGCAGUGACUUCUCUUCUCUGACUCCAUGGAUUAACCCUAUGUUUCAACCACAGAUGUACUACCUAUACCAGAAAAAACUUUCAUCCCCUUUAUUUAAUCUGUAACUGUACUUCAGGAUGCUGCUGGGUUACAAGCACUGUCUGCCUCAAUCAAGUUCCAGCAGUAGAGAUUGAGAACUCCUAGAAAAAACAGCUUCCCUUGAGAAGUAUAGGAGAUCCAGGCUAUGAAAAUUACAACCUAUUAAACAGCCAAGAAGUAGAGCAGUGGCACAUGCCCACCCCUCAAACUCCAAAUCUAUGUAGCAGCCAGGUCAGUCUGUAAUAAUAACCUAACAUGAUUCCCAGCCCAAAAAGCAGUUGCCAAAGUUGAAUGAAUGACAUAUUGAUGAUUGAGAAAUUGAACUCCUCUUCUGGGAUACUCCUACUUGCAUCCUUUUCUUCACUCUCAUGCAAGGAAAAAUAAGUUCAGGUUUGUAGUGCACUGUUCUUCUCAACAAUGUAGUUUGUUUUAAUAUUGCUAUCUCCUCCUCUGUCAUCUUUGCAGGUGUUCCCUGUUAGGGAAUUGUCCUCUUCUGGUGUACUCCUGAGUUUCCUUUGUCCAGUUCUGGAAGGGGACAUCCAUGCCUCUCUGCUUUUGUAUACCAUAGCUUUCACUCUGACCAUUGUGUUCAGAGACCUAUUUGGGCGUUUGAAUUUGGAUUGUGAUGAUGUAACAGUCAGUACUAUCUUAUAAAUUCAUUUGGUGUGAGACAGAUCCCUGCUUUGUCCUGGAUAGUGAGGCCUUUUAUUGUAAAUGGGGGAGCAUACUUCUCAAUGCUUGGGCUAAACCUUUUCAAUUUUAAAACCACUCCAGUCCUGCAGUCUUAAGCUAAGGCUAGAGUGGGAAUGUGAGGUUCCUGGGAUGUGAAAGAUAUUCAGCUCUCAUUUACUCCAUUAACCUGACCACAGGCAAAACAUUCUGAAGGGAAACAGAGCGAGUUAUCUGCAACUGUGCUUCCAUAUUUAUUAGGCUGCUGUAUCAGUUGUGUGCAUGCUACCCAGUGUGUAGGCUCUUCAGUACAUGUUAAACAGAGCAGCUACAUUCAGAGGAUGGGUUCAGUCUCCAGGAAAAAGAAAUACAUAAAUAAUACUUGUUUGUUUGUGUGAGGAAAGGAAGAGCAGGGGCUGGAGCAUAAGUAUGCACCACAUGUGCCAGAGAACUUUAGAUUAGGUAAAUUUUCCCCUUCAGGUGCCAGAUGGUCAUGUGUGGAGAUUCCAGCUGUGCUGCCUCCACUGAUAAGAGAAGGUGAAGUGGCAACAGCCUUUCUUCCUUGUACAAGUCUGACUCAGUCCAGGAUUUAAUUGGACAUUUCUAUUACUCCAGGUUUGUGCUUUCUGGUCAGGUUAUUCAGAAUCACCAUUAGUGUUGUUGCUUCCAACUUAGAUAUUUCUACCACUGCAGUAUGUUAAUGCCAUAGAUUAACUAGAGAUACCACUGAAUAUAUCCAGCUAGAGGUUGUAUUCUCAGAGUCUCCCCCAAUGUAGUCCAGAAUUAUAUUCCCCAAUGAUUAUUCUUAGGAAUGGCUGAUGGCUAUCUCCCUUGGCUAAACUGAUUAUGGGAGUUGGAUUUUUGUUGUUGUUUAGAAACAGUCCUGCUCCUGCUCUUUUACUGAGGAAGUAAAGAACGAAACAGUCCCUUGUAUUAUGGCUGUACAGCUAGGAGCUUGAGCCAGUACUGUAAGCAAGAAGGGAAAUUGUGUGUAGGGAGAAACAAUAGAGCAGGAUUGGGUAGAAGCCGAACAGCAUUGUAAUAAUGGCAGAAUUUGAACAAUAAACUAAAUUGAAUAAACUUAAUGGAUAGAAGAGGUUAGAAAGGCUCUGGAGAAAACUCUCAGCAGAUGAUGAUAGAGGCAAAUCCUGCCUAGUGCAGGGAAAGGGCCUACAUGGACUAAAAGAUCCUCUCUGGCUAUUCUAUUUUGAUGCUAUAGGACAACACAAAUCUAUGCAGGAUGCAACAAAAAAGUCUAGCAUCUGUCAGAGAAAGGGGGUAGAUAACAGCAUAUAGGUCCACAUCUAUAUACACUUCUACCCCGAUAUAAUGCAGUCCUCGGGCGCCAAAAAUCCCUACCGCAUUAUAGGUGAAACCCCGUUAUAUCAGGGUAGUGGUGGCAGGGCUCUGGCAGUGAUUUAAAGAGG